AUCGCGUUUUUGCGUGAUCUUGUAUUUUUGGUUCAUGACGGAAACCCGAUAUGCUGCAACCUCCGAAAAAUAAAGCAGAUUGCGUCUGUGUGACAUACCCACCUAAAUUGUGAAUGGCUAGUUUAUCCAAUACACAUACCAUUAAAUAUGGCGUAAAAUGGCGUUUCGUUCAAUCUCCGUCAAGUAGCCAUAUUGGUUCUUGUUUUCGGAAAAUACCAAACGACGAGUAAUUUUUUCGUUUUCUCUGCAUUUUCGUAGGAUUCAUUUUCAGCGGUUGCAGUAAGUGGCAAAAGCAGAUUAAAAUAAAUUUGCCACAAAAAUAAAUGUUGUAAACAUUUUUCAUUCGAAUUUUGACGUUUUGUAACGCGAGGCCGUUAAGAUUUAUCAACUAUCAUAAACCAACAGAGCACACGAGAAAUAAGUGAAAAAAAUUGUAAAUAACUUGGUUCCUCUAUCGAAAUUGCCAACAGAAUGGGGGAAAUCAAAUCCGUAAAAGUAGACAACUGGGGAGUCUUCUUCCUCCAGAAACUGCAAAACUUCUUUAAUAAGACCGACUAUUGUGACCUCACACUACAGUUUCGGGAUAACUCGCAGUUGAAGGUACAUCGUCUAGUAUUGAGCGCUUGUACUGAUUUCUUCAACGUGUUGGAGCAAACUUGCGAAAUGGUGGACGAUGCUCUCAUCAUGCCUAAUGAGCUGCAAGCCGAUGUUGUAGUACCCAUCGUAAACUUCAUGUACACUGGGACAUUGGAAUUCGAAUUAAAAAUGUAUGGCAAGCUGCUACGCACGGCUAAGGAUAUGAACAUGACUGUUCUGUUAAAAUUGCUCGAAGCACAUCGCCGUACAAUGGAGGGUGUAAAUCGCUUACAGCGGCCACCUAGCCCAAAACCAUUACGUCGGCGUGUUCCUGCUGCAACAAGCUUGCCUCAACAGCAACCAAACGUUCAACAACAUCGCGUACUAACAUCACCAAACAGUGUUUCUGGAUUGCAGCGUCCCAUCGUUCAAACAAAAACUAUAAGUACUAGUUCAUCUACUACUAUGAAUUUGCCACAACAAACUCAAUACAGGCAACAGAUAGGAUCAACAUCUCUAAUAAGAACAAUGCGUGCCAGUAAUACCAAUAAUAUGCAAGGUCGUACACAAUACGUCAAUCAGCCUGCACAUGAAAGUCAUGAAACUAUUAUAAAACAAGAGCCAGAAGAAAUAACCCCCCCAUCACCUUUUGAACAGCUUCGCAAAGGUUACAAUAACAACAAGCGUCCAGCCAAUAAUGCUUUGGUAUCACCGCCAGCUAAGAAGCUUAAUAUUGAAGACGUUAAAGAGUUUGCUGAGCAGCAACGUAUGAGAAAACAAAUUGCCGCAGAAUAUGGCGACGAUCAGGGCGAAUACGAGAACAGCAUGAUGGAGGAUGACAUACACAAUGAUGAUGAUGAUGACGAUUUGGCCACCACAUCGGCCACUGCAAGUACCAUAGCAGGUAUGCAAGCAUCCACAUCGCGACAAACACAGCUGCAACAUGGUGCUACUACAAUCACCAUUAAUCAAAAUGAAAAGCCGCCCACUAUCGUCGUAAAAGACAGUUCCAAUUCCAAAAUGAACCAUGCGAAAAUAAUUAAAGAAGUACUUCGGCAGUAUCCGCAUUUGGUGAAGAGUAAUAAAAAUAUAAAAUUGAAGAUAAUGCCUAGCUCUGGAGAUCAACCGCAGAAGAUUAUUGUAAAGAAAGAACAACUGGAGCAUAUUUCAAGUGAUCCACAAUGUCCAUCUUCAUCGUCCCAAUCCCAGUCAGUUUUACGCGUACAGAGCUCAUCUCAGACAUUGUUAAAACCCUUAGAAAAACUUCAAGCAACUGUACAUCAAUCUACACCUCCACCUCUACCUGUGGCACAAAAAAUGUCCCCAAUUCAACCAAAACUACAAACAACAUCACCAACUUCUGCCACAUCUGGGACUGGCACAGCAACAUCAUCAGCACUUCCAGCACAAAAGCGUCGUAUCGAUAGUAAAACAAUGCAUGCUUUAAUUGCAUUAGGAGCAGAAAACACCACUGGCCCUUGGUUGUGUCUCCGCUGUGGAGUCAACGGACGGCCUAUAAGUAUUCCAUCGUAUCGAGGUUUUCGCCGUCACUUGAUAAACACACACAAAGAAUACAUUGAUCCGGCACUCUGUGAACAUUGUGGCUGGCGUUCAAGUACUAAACGUGAGCUGCACUUCCACAUGGAGAUAGAACACAAGAUUAAGACCACUUCUUACACUUUCCCAAAGUGUUUGUUAUGCUCUAAUCAGUUUUUGGAUACAAAUGCGCUAAAUCAACAUAUGGUUGACGCCCACCCGGAUGAGAACAAGCAGCAAUGUAUUUACUGUAACAAAAUUUUUGCACGUGAACUACAACUAUAUAACCAUAUGAAGACCUACCACAAGAAACAGGCCCUCGAAGAUGGUAUUAUCGAUUAUUCAGACGAUGAGUUAUUUGAACCGCCGACAACCACGGAAAUUACAGCAUCAGAGGUGCAAGAAAAUAUAUCAAAGGAGAAAAAGGAGUCAAAGAUAAAAAUAAUAUCUGACAUUAGUCUACCCAGCGCCGGAUCGAUAUUGAAACUUGAGGGCGGCAAUGUAGCUACAGACUCACGUCCACAAAUAGGUAUAUCUGGCGAUCAGCAAGAAUUUAUGGAAACGAACGAAAGCAACAUUAUAACUAGCGAACCCAAAUUUGUUACUGUCGAUGGCAACGAGAUGGUUUUAACUGAUGAACAACGCCAAGAGAUCAUGGCUCAAUUGAAUCAGGAACAUGGAACUGGUGGGGUUGUGAUGGUAUUAAACGAGCCUGCUGAGUACACGGCGGAAGCAACACCAUUGACUUCAAGUCAUGAUGCAUUGGAAUGCUGCAAUGAAAAACAACCAGCUGAACAGGAAGCUGAUCACAGCGCUGAACGCCAGCCUGAAGAUCAAAUAAUGGACGAAGAAACUCGAAAUCCCCCUGCCGAGAGCUCAACAGCGGAUGAAGAUUUUGAUGAUAAUCAGAUAUAUAAUGAACUGCAUACCGCUCAAGGUGGACAAGGCGAUUCAGAUAUAACAGCAGAGAUGGGUACAACGGAAGUUACUGAUGAUAAAAAAAACACUUCGGCAGGAAGUGCAAUGGAUGAAAGCAAGGAAUCGAUUGAAAAUUUGGAGUGGGCCGAAAAUUUGAUCAGCGCCCAUGAGUUGGCCGAUCAAGAGGAAAUGGAAGCGGAUAAGAAAGACAGAGAUAAUAAAGGCGACGAUGCAAUAAACCAAAAGUUAAAAGAAUUGACUGGUGACUGGUCGGAAGACGAUAAUGAUGAGGAUCAACAGGAAGCAGCAAUUUCGCCAAUCGCCGAGGUCGAUGCACCGGAAGACUCCACUAAUACUGUUCAGAAUAUAGUAGAAGGAAAUGAAGAAAAUAUUUUGGAUAACCAGAAGAAAACUGUUGAAGAACAUGUGGAGAAACCUAAAGAGCUGCCUAAAAAAUCCACUGAACCAGAAGACGCAGUAGCCGGAAGUGACAUUCUAGACCCAGCUGAAGAUAAUAUUAUUACCCAAGAUGUUGAUCCCGGCUUCACAAAUACAAACGCAGAUGAUUCGAAGGGUGAAGAAGAUGAUUUAGACGCACUUAUGAAAAAUUUGCAUAAGGAUGAUGCUGAUUUAACCGAUAUUAAAGGCCAUGAAGCAGAGAACCAGGCGCAAACAAUGGAUGAUAUGGUCGCAGCUGAUCUCGAUAUUGACAACAAAAAAGAAAAGGUAACAACUCCCCUAGAGGAGCCAAGCACAAAAGACGCUGAAAGCAUUUCAAAAUCUAAAUCAAGGAAAGUAGAUGAAAGCGAUGUCGGUGACAGCAUUGUUGAAAUCAAACGCGAUGUGCUAGUGGAUGAACUCAUUGGUGAAGAUGAGAACACGACUCAGGAAGAGUUCAUAAAAGAGACAAAACCAGCAGAAAAAGAAAUUUUAGAGGCUCCAUGUGAAGAAUUGUCUACUGGACCAGCGGCGGCCCCAGAACCAACUAAAGCACUUGAAGUCAUUAAAGUAGAAGAAGCUGGGUCCGGAGAAGUGAAAGAACCUGCUGUAACAGAUGCUCUUGAAAACAAAGUGGUCGCUGAAAAAGAUGACGGCGCUGUCGGCGGUAAAACAGCGACAGAUGACGUAGCCAAAACAUCCGAGCGUGUGAAAAGUCUUAUUAGCGAAUGGGCUGAA